GCCGGACCCGACCCUCAUCCUGCCCCGAUCCGUAACUAACACGACCCGUUUCCCUACUCUAAAAAACACACUGCACUGUGUUCUCUCUUCUUCUCGGAUAUGGUGGUCAUGAUACUUUAGUUGCAGAAGGCACAAUAUUGCAGCUAUGGCGCUACUGCUAUCAACUUCAACAGCAGCAGCUAAUUCCUCUUAUUUAUCUUUGAGUUUUUCCAGCUUUGUAACGAACAACAAUUUCUUGGUAUCCCAACUCCAUUUUACAGGUUUAACCAACAAAAAAGAAGGAUGCCAGCCAAAAAAAGUUCCUUGCCCAAUGGUUUUAUCUGUAAUAAAGGCCAGUCAAACUCAAUCAAAAAGGAGAAGUGACAGAAGUAGUAGUAGUCUUUCAGGAAAAGAUAGUAACUUUAAGCUCUUAUUGAGUCAAGGGAGGAAUAAUGAGGACAAUAUAUGCCCUGGUUGUGGAAUCUUUAUGCAAGAUGAUGACCCAAAUCUUCCUGGUUAUUUCAAGAAAAGAAAGGUGGAAGAAGAUACCAAAAUAGAGAUAUUUGGUGGGGAAGAUAUAGAGGAUUUUUUGGAUGAUGAGGAUGUUAUUGGUGAUGGUGGGGAUGAUGAAGAGGAGGAGGAAUUUGGGGAUUAUAUUGAGGGGGAAUUGGAAGAAAGUGAAGUUGACGAAACAGGUUCGGGGAGUGAAGAUGGAUUUGAUGAUUGGGAUUCAGAGUUGGAAGAAGAAGGCGAUGACUUGAAAGAGCUAGAUGGUUUUAUGCCAGCGGGGUUAGGUUAUGGCAACAUUACAGAGGAGGUUCUUGAGAAAGGAAAGAAGAAAAGGGUGUCGAAAGCGGAGAGGAAAAGGAUGGCAAGGGAAGCGGCCCGAGGAGAGAAAGAAGAGGAGGAGGUUACGGUUUGUGCUCGAUGCCAUUCGUUGAGGAACUAUGGACAAGUGAAGAAUGAGAUGGCAGAGAACCUAAUACCUGAUUUCGAUUUUGAUCAGUUGAUUACGACUAGGUUGAUGAGACCAACUGGCAAUGCUGAUGCAACGGUUGUGGUUAUGGUGGUUGAUUGCGUUGAUUUUGAUGGAUCUUUUCCGAAGCGAGCUGCUAAAUCUUUAUUUAAGGCAUUAGAAUUAAACAAGGAUGGCUUGAAGCAAAGUAAAAAGUUGCCAAAGCUUGUUCUUGUGGCUACAAAGGUUGACCUUCUCCCUUCUCAAGUUUCCCCUGCGCGUUUGGAUAAAUGGGUUCGACACCGUGCUAAAGCUAAUGGAGCACCUAAGCUGAGUGGAGUUUACAUGGUAAGUUCACGUAAAGAUUUAGGUAUUAGAAAUUUGCUGGCAUUUGUUAAGGAGUUGGCUGGUCCUCGAGGAAAUGUGUGGGUUAUUGGGGCUCAAAAUGCAGGAAAGUCAACAUUAAUCAAUGCAUUUGCUAAGAAAGAAGGAGUAAAAGCUACAAAGCUUACAGAAGCUGCUGUACCUGGAACUACUCUGGGAAUCCUGAGGAUUGGAGGAAUAUUGUCAGCCAAGGCAAAGAUGUAUGACACUCCUGGCCUCCUACAUCCAUAUCUUAUGUCCAUGCGAUUGAAUAGGGAGGAGCAGAAAAUGGUCGAGAUACGAAAGGAGCUACAACCUCGAACUUAUAGAAUUAAGCAAGGGCAGACUGUACAUAUUGGAGGACUAGUUAGACUGGAUCUAGUUCAUGCCUCAGUACAAACAAUCUAUGUCACUGUCUGGGCAUCACCAAGCGUCUCUCUACAUCUCGGAAAGACAGAAAAUGCUGAUGAACUCAAGAACAAUCAUGCCGGAGUGAGAUUGCAGCCUCCAAUUUCCAUGGAUCGAGUUUCUGAACUGGGACAAUGGCAAAAGCGGGAAGUAAAAGCAUCCGGAAUAAGCUGGGAUGUCAACAGCAUGGAUGUUGCGAUUGCUGGCUUAGGAUGGUUCUCCUUGGGUUUGAAAGGUGAAGCAGAUUUAGCGUUGUGGACAUAUGAUGGCAUUCAGAUCACAUUGCGGGAACCAUUGGUACUUGAUCGUGCAGCCUCUAUUGAAAGACCUGGAUUUUGGCUACCUAAGGCUAUAUCAGAGGCAAUUGCUAACCCAUUGAAGCUUGAAGAUCAAGCAAGGAAAAAGAAUACAUCAGAGAAGACAAUGCAACUUUCAGAAGUAUUAUCUGACUAAGGAAGUAGCUAAGUCAAUUUGCAUGUUUUCCAGGGUGGAACAUUUCUUGAGGUUAAAAAUGUGAACGGUAUUAAGUAUGGGCUACACUUUCUUCAGCUGACAGAUUUCUGCAGUGCUAACUUUUUUAGGAGCAGGCGUCGCUAGAAAAUACAAAGAACUUCUAGUACUUUUAUUUUUAUUUUGUAUAAUAUUGCCGGAGAUGAGUAUAUAUGGAGUAAUAACAUGGUGAUGAUUCAUAUAGCAGAUCUCAACUUGUUUGGCAUUGAUGUGUAGUUAUUAUAGUUGAUGUAACUUUUUUAGGA